AUGGCAGCGGUUUGCCCGAUCUGCUUUGAAGACGAUGGCCGGCCUGUUGAGUAUAGCAACAUGGACAACCACAGCUGGCACAACCGACAUUGCGAUGCGCAUGGCAUCUGUUGGAAGUGUUUGAACCGAUUUGUGGAGGUGCAGAUUCUGGAGGAGGGCCGAUUCAACAUCAAGUGCCCUGGAAUUGGUUGCAACUACCGCCUCCUCGCCCUCGAUGUGGAGAGGGCCUUGGAGCUGUCAGAGCCGGAAUGCCAGCAAGUGGCACUAGAGCGCUACGGCAGCAUGCGCAGUGCGAGCCAUGGGCAGAGGCUUCGGGAAGUCGUCCUUGAAACGGCCGGGCCUUCAGAACGCUGGCUGUUGGAGGAGUGCCAGGCAUGUCCUCAGUGCCUUUCAUUGGUUCGGCGCGAAAAUGGCUGUCUUCACGUCUUCUGCCGCUGCGGCUGCGAUUUCUGCGCCGGUUGCGGCAGCCCCAAGCAUUGCCUGUGCUCUCAGCUGGAAAAGGACCGCGAGAUCGUCUUUGCAGCAUGGCUGCGGAUAUCCCCAGACUCGCCAGCAGCAUGGCUGAGGGACUUGCGCUGCGACAGGCAAGAGGAGCAUCUGCUGACCACUUUGGGUUUCUUCCUUUGGAUGGCCUACCUCCCGGUGGAUCUACCCUGGACACGUGCCCUGGAAGAGCCGGAGCACUCGCUGCCGCCAGUGCGCUGGCGAUCCAAACACUCGGACUACAGUGACUACAACGCCGGCAUCAGCGGUUGGGCAUUCGACUUGGAGCCAGCCCAAGUCUUCCGCUACCCACUCAGCUCUUGGUGUAACUCGGUUGAUGGCGACGAAGAAGAGAACUGCUUCCAGCACUACCGGCGCGCACCCCGUCGGCCCUGGCGUCCCUUCGCCACUCAGCGCAGCUCCCGGCGACAGGACCGACGCCACUACACGCCCCUGCGCUGGAAAGACGUCCGGCCGUGGACCGGGGAUGACGCAGCCGCGCCCCUGCGUCGCCGAAGGCAGCCCCGAGCCGUGGGGACAGGCGCGCGCUCAGCGGAACAUGCCGCGGCUGCUGCUCGCAAGGUGUGCGCACUCCGCACCCGCCGACAGGAAAUGCGCAGAUGCUUCAGGGAACAGCUGUUGCAGUUGGAUUGA